AUGCACACUGCACCUCCCAUGAACACGAAAUCCGUCGUGGCCGUCCAGGAACGUGGAUGGCUGGUCGGCAAGACGUUCCGCGAUCGCAUCUGGAGCUUGGAACAAGGCAUGCUCACGAUGACAACCAACGAGAACCCCACAAAACCUGUCAGAGUUCACGUGAAAAGCGGUGACGUGUGGCAGGGCAAAAAGGUGGGGUUCAAAGUGAAAACCGACGAUGGAACUGUCUACCGCGCCAACUCGAAAGCCCUAUCGGCGGCGUGGCUCCAAGCUUUACACAACCGAGCCCAAGUCCACCACAAGAGUCCGCUUCAGUGAUGAAAUCCGUGUCUGCCUUAUCCCGAGCGACGACGACGACGACGACGCGACAAGCUCUUCGGAUGGCGAACAUGACGAUUGAAUUUGCG